CCGGAGGCGUGCCGCUGCUCAGGCAGGAGUGAUCAUUUGGCCAACACAGACAACACACAGGUGUGCGCUCACCUCACUCCACCGGCGUGAACAAACACCACUAUCUGCGUUCCACCCAUAGGUGGGUCUAUAGUUAAAACCACUGACAAAUAUUACACCUUCCAUUUUCACUUACCACACAAGCAAUUGCUGCUUUUGGGAGCCUCGGUCGGUCAGUGCACAAUGAGCUUGAACGUCCCAGGGUUGGUGGUUAUGGUGCUGUUUUACCUGCUGGUGCUGGGCACCGGCAUCUGGGCCUCCAAGAAGUCCAAGCAGGUGAAGCACAGCAACCCAGCAGAGCAGACGGAGAUUACUUUGCUGGGGAACAGAGGGAUCACCCUGGUGGUAGGGGUCUUCACCAUGACAGCUACAUUUGUUGGAGGGGGCUUCAUCGUUGGCCUGACAGAGAUAGUGUACACUCCAACAAUGGGACUGAUCUGGGCUGUCAUGCCUGUCACAGCAGCCUUGUCUUUCAUCAUUGGUGGAGUCUUCUUCGCCAAGACAAUGAGAGACAGAAAAUACAUGACAAUGAUGGACCCGUUCCAGAUCAAGUAUGGAAAUGUAAUAUGUGGAAUUCUGUCUGUGGCACUACUGAUAACUGAAAUAAUCUGGGUAACAGGAACUCUAAUUGGCUUAGGUGCAACAAUGAGCGUGAUCCUGGAUUUGCCCUACUCUCUUUGCAUUUGGAUCUCUGCCGCAGUAGCCAUCGUCUACACGCUGCUGGGAGGUCUCUACUCUGUGGCCUAUACGGACAUCAUACAGCUAACCCUCAUAUUCUGCAGUUUGUGGUUAUGUGUCCCCUUUAUUCUGAUGAACCCGCAUUCAGCUGACAUCACCAAGACUGCUUUCAACUUCACCUACCAGGCACCGUGGAUCGGUUCUGUGGAUAAAGAAAGAGCAUGGAGGUGGAUUGAUAAUUUCUUAUUAUUGAGUCUUGGUAACCUGGGAUGUCAGGACUUUCACCAGAGGACCCUGUCGGCUUUUUCUUCUGCCACAGCCAGGAUCACCUGCUUUAUUGCUGCUCCCUUCAUCCUCCUCCUCGGGGUCCCGUCACUGCUGAUUGGCGCAGUUGCGGCAUCAACAGACUGGAAUAUGACCACAUAUGGCGCCCCGUCCCCCUACGAACGUGGAGAGGCCGGUCAGGUUCUGCCCAUUACUCUGGAACAACUUGCCCCACCAUACAUCUCCAUCAUUGGUAUUGGAGCUGUAGCUGCUGCCGUGAUGUCAUCAACAGACUCAGCUUUACUGUCGGCUGCCUCCAUCUUCACCUCCAAUAUCUACAAGAACAUCCUGAGGACUGAGGCCUCAGACAGGGAGCUCCAGUGGGUGAUCCGUGUCACUGUGGUGUUAACGGGUUUGGUUGGCACAUCGCUGACCUUCCUACAGAACAGCAUCAUGGUUUUCUGGAUCCUGGGCUCUGACAUAACCUACACCUUCAUGUUCCCUCAACUCGUCUGCAUCCUCUUCUUUAACAUCUCCAAUGGUUAUGGCUCCAUCAUGGGCUUGCUAGUUGGAGUGUUAUUGAGAGUGCUGAGCGGUGAGCCAUCCAUAGGGUUGCCCGUCAUUCUCCAAUUCCCCGGCUGCUCUCUUGAGGACGGCGUGUAUGUCCAGCACUCUCCUGUGAGGACUAUUUGCAUGUUGUCCAAUGGCUUUGUGACUUUGUUGUUCUCUUACCUGGCUUUUGUGCUCUUCAGUAAAGGAGUGAUUCCUGAGAGGUGGGACGUAUUUAAAGUGAAAACCCAUAUACCACCACCAAACCUAAUACUAACGAGCAAAGGCACCACAAAAACACAUGAGAACAAGGAACCUGAAGUUAAGGAUGAGAAUGAAUUAAUGUUGACCACAAAUCAGCAGGACUGAAAGCAGAAUGGCUUAGUGGGAUGCUCACUAGCUCAGGUUAGGUUAGUUAGAUUAGCAUGGGUAGUUAGAUUAGCAUCUCUUUUCAUUCCAAAUACUUGAUCUUUGUAAAAAAAUAAAUAAAUAAAUAAAAUCUUUAAGGUA